AUGUCCGACAUCAACCACCAAACCUACCACACCCGCCUCGAGCAAAUCCAGCGCAUCGCACAACACCACUCCCUCCAAAUCACCACGAUCACCCCAAUCGCAUACCAAGAACUCGGCCCCUGUCCCUACAACAACUUCAUCUACAAGCUCGAACUAUCCCAACCCCCUUCAAGCACCUCAUUCCCACCCCCAAACCCCCACACCACCUCCCCACUAGACGAAACAACAACAACAUACAUCCUCCGAAUGAGCAACCCCCUAGCAAUGGGCAUCAACCCACACGCCUCCCGCAUCGAGAACGAAAUCGCCGCCAUGUCUCUCGCCUGUCAGGGCCUCGAAUCACAUCGACCCGGAUUACGCUCUCUCAUUCCCAAAAUAUAUACCUUCUGCUCAAAGCCUACUACUCAUCCAGAUGACUUACCCUGGACACUAAUGGAAUACAAGUCCGGCGUACCACUAGACGAGUUCUUCCCUUCUCAGUCCGAGACAGCCAAGAAAUCCAUCAUCGAGCAAGUCGCAGAUAUACUCGCUGGACUCCGGAAAUGUCCACUCCCGGAGGGAAUCACCUACGGUGGACUCGCUCUAUCCUCCACCGACGGCGGAAUCAUCAGUGCGGAGAUGACCACCACGAAUGGCGGACCGUGGUCUACAUAUGCGGGGCUCCUCAAGGCACGCCUACGGCACGAGCUACACGAUGCCGAUUCUAGCCCCAUCAUCAACGGAUGGCGAAGUAAUGGCAUCCGAGACCGUCUCGACACCCUCAUCGACAGAUUCUCCCUCUCUGGCCUUCUUUCGGACCCUGAUACCAAAUCCCUCAUCCACGGUGACUUGACAAUGAACAACAUCCUCAUCGACCCCACCACAUGCAAACUCACAGCCCUCAUCGACUUCGACUUCGCCUGUAUCGCACACCCCGCUCAUGAGUUCCUCGUCUCGCUUCAGGAUCUAGGCGGUAAUGUAAUGGGUCCUUACGGGGAGGAUCCGACGGAGGGGAGGUUGGCGCAGGCUCUGCUUUCUGGGGAUUUUAGCGAUGGUGAUAUUCCUGGUGAGCUAUGGUGGAUUGGGAAGACGUUUAAUGCUUGUUUGGUGGAACGGGGGGUGGCACGGCCUAGUGAUAUCGGUGGAAUGGAGGUGCUGUGUCGGUGGCGUGGGCUGGAGCUGUGCAUGUGUCCAUUUCAUUUAGCUGCGGAGUUUAUUGUGAAGAGGAUGAGUGAGGAGGCGCGGAAGGGGGCGAGAGAGGGGGCUGAGGGGGAGGUUGUGGAGAGGAUGGAGGGGUUAGAAGGGUUUUUGUAG